AUGAAAUACGUGGAAUACGGCUUCAGCCGCCUAUUUGCAAACGCUAAAGGCCGCGACGCCAAACUCUUCAGCAAGGGCCCCGCCUUCUCCCAAUUCUCCAACCCCACCAUCGACAUCGAGUGCCCCGAGGUAGGCGCGUCCGGAUCGCAACUGCACGAGGACCACUCGGCAGACGGCGCCGGACAUUUCCCGACCCUGCGCUGGCCAGCAGUAGUAGCAUCAUCUGCAGAGAUCAAGCAGUACCUACUCAUCAGCGAAGACCCCGACGCGCCACUGCCCAACCCGAUCAUCCAUGGUAUCUACUACGGGAUCGCGCCGACUGUGACCGAGGUGACCGCCGAGGAUUUCGUCGAGGUCGAGUCUGGUGGCCCGCAUGCGCUUCAUGGCGGGUGGAAGUACGGGCAGAACCGGAAAGGGACUGUCUAUAUUCCGCCGCGGCCGCUGCUGGGCCAUGGGCCGCAUCGCUACUUUUUUACACUUGUUGCUCUUACUCAGCCUUUGGAUGUUAGUAAGAUGAGCCCGCUGCCGACGGCUGAGGAGGUGCUGCAGGGGAUCGAGGGGAAUGUUGCGGGUUGGGGCCAGUGGAUUGGUGUGUAUGAGAGGGUAUGGAAAUGA